AUGGAACGCUCUGCAGAGUUCAGCUGUCGUGAUUGUAACAUGGUGUUUCGCUCCUUUGCCCUUUUGGACAAACACAAGUCCCGGUUCUGUAUAGGGAGUGCCAUCGGAGACCCGAUAGUGUUAAGGAGAGGACGAGUGAAAACCAUUGAGCCUGAAAAGGUGGAUUUGAAGGCGUUACGGCCCAGACAGAGACAGACUCCUGAUCUAAUUCAUUUGAGAGAGCAGAGAGAUAAACUGCUAAGGCAGACUGGCAGACGAGAGACCCACAGAGAGCCCAGCGUGGCUGACGGUCUGGCCUUUAACAAGCUCACUCAUGAGUUUCUUAAGCUGAGGAUGUCCUUUGAAGAAAGUCUGCACAGAAGACACACACAGGGACUGUAUCCAGGCAGAAAGUGGGCUGAUAACGAGAGGCUUAAGGAGGUGUGUGAACACCAUGAGCAGAAGCUGGCUGAGAUCCGGACACACACCACCGAGCUGGAACAACAGAGAAAGGAGAUUGAACAGCAGAUGGCCCUGGUUGGGCAGGAUGGAAUGGCUCAUCUGAAGGAGAUGCUGCAUGAGCUGAAAGAACAGGAAGAGAGAAACGAGGAGGUUCUGUGCCAAAUCAGCACUCAGAUCAAUGCACUGCAGGGGGUGAAAGAUGCUCAUAUUACAUCAGACCAGCAAGAGACAGGAGACAGGAGGACACAACAUGUCACCUUUGACCUCAUCUCCUCUGUGGAUGGCCUGCUCUCCAGCCAGAUACGAUCUUUACGUCUAGCGUACAUACAGUCUGGCGGUUCUGAUCCAGAGGUUCUGGCCCAUCUGCAUGAUCUUCAGGCUGAGGCUCACACACUGGAGCAGAGCAGACCUGCAGCUGAGCAUCGGGCAAGGAAGAAAAGACGAAUGAAGUCCUCUCGUGCAGCUCUGGACUCAAGUAUUAUGGCAGUGGAGUAUGAGAACCAGCGACUGGAGGAGCAGAUCCUCAGAUUGCAGAUAGACAGAGAGAGAUGCAGAGGAAGAGCAGGUGGUUCAGAGCUCAGUCUGAUCCAGAAGCACCAUGUCCAUCAGGUUGCCAGUCUGCAGGCUGAAAUCUCCAACCUGAGGAGAGAGGUGGAGAAAAGCAGGGAGAGAAAGAUUCAUCCUCUUGCUCCAGAAUACACUUCACAGCAGCAUUUGCUAAUGGACACACGUGUGUUUGACUCAGUGGACUCUCUUGGUCCUGCUCCUUAUGAUCCUGUGUCUGGAUUUGUGAUUUUCUAUGACAUGGUCCUUGGUGUGGAUGCCACAUUGAGAACAAUUCAUCUGGUAGCCAGGCUGUUCUCUGGGGGGCAAGAAAUUGGGCAGCCCUCCCCGAUGCCACCUGUUCACUGCCAGCCUGCUGGGACUUUCGGCUAUCCACCAAGAAGGCAUGAUGCCUUAAUAGCUGUCAAGCAGCCUGUGCACAGGGUGCAGCCAUCUCCAUCUCUCUGCUUGGUGGUAGAAGUUCAGGUUGCUGGCAGUUUUGACUUGUGUGAUCAGGAGACACGAGGUUGGGCCAAACUACAGCUCUUUGACAGUCACAAUCAGGUUCAGAGUGGAUUCUGGAAACUUCCUUUCCACUCUCUGCCUGUGAGGCCGUCCUUCAGCCCAGGCCAACUCAAAUCUGUACCUCAGUUGGGUAACAUGGAGAUUUGCCUUCGUGUAGUUAAUGCUCGUGAUGGAGAUGUACAGUCCCUUGCUAAGAUUGAUCCGAACAAUAGCAGGCAGUACAAAUACCCAUCAAUGGUCAUCGCACACUUAAACACUGACUUGGAAGCACAAGCAUCUCAGCUGAAAACAUCACAACUUUCAUCUAAUCCUUUUCUUUCAUCAUUGCCACGAACUGAUCAUGUGGAUCCUCCCCCUAAGGACAGUGGUCAGAGGUGA